CUGGAAAUCUCAGGGUCCUCGGCAACUGCAAUGGUCCGCCCCUGAAAGAUAUACUGUAAUGAUUUCAUUCUACAUUGUUGCCUUUCGUCACCCAGCAAUAUUCCAUCUGUAAAAUGUGUAACUGUUUUGUCACCGUUGAGCAAUUCAUGGUGAGCAAAAGCAGGAAGGACCUGACAAGACUUGAACAAAACCAGUACACUCCUGCUGCAUUCCAGAAGCUAAUUUUCCUCUUGUCACCGUGAUUCUUUGUUGACAUGCAUCUUUUGGGGAUCUGGGAGGAAGUCGGAAGAACGGGAGAAAACCGAGAAUGCAAGAACGGGGAGAACAUGCAAAUUCAACACAGAGAUAUGAGGACUGGGCGGUGGUCAGUGGUAAAAUCAAUGAGUUCCCUAAUAAUAAGGCCAGAUGGAAAACCAACUUCCGCUGUAACCUCAACAACCUUCAGUGUUUCAAAAUGAUUGAGGAUAACUCUCAGAAGUCUCAGAACCCUCAUAAAAUCUAUGAGAUUAUCAACUCUAACGAAAGUACGCCAACUCAAGACCAAAGGGAGGACCUCUACAGGGCUCCUCCAGAGCAACAAUUUGCCAAUAAUUCCAUGACUGUAGAGCCUUGCAGCCAUCCGACAGAAUAUGUCCAACAACAUCCAACUGUGCAGGGAAACAUUUCCGUUGCUGCAAUAGCUGAGAAACCCACACAUGUUUUACCAAUAUAUCCAGAUCGGACUCAGUAUCGGAGUAUCGACCUGGAGGUGUCUAUCCACUACAGAAAUAGACAAAUGCUAAAGAUGACUGUGAACACAGCUAGUCUCCAACUCCACCACCUCCACCUGCACCAGGCACCUGAGGACUACUUUCCACUCCGUUUCCCCACAACUGAGGGCCUCCUAGACCACAAACAGAUUCAGUACACCAACAGCAUCCUUAACAGCAUCCAGAGAGGUCUCCUUCUUGAAGUGCUGGAGUCUGGUAUUUAUGCAACCAGGCAGGACAGUUGUCGGGUAUUUGCCAGCACUGAUAACCCCAGCAUGGCUCUAGCACAGCCCCGAAAAUUACCCCAAAACACCAUGGUGGAGCUCUUCAGUUUUCAAAAGUUUUUUCACGAAUUGAAACAGUAUAGAGAGAACAAUGGAAGUUCUCCAAACUAUACCAUUACCAUGUGCUUUGGGGAGGCGUUCCCUGAUGGAAAACCAUUGGAGAAGAAGCUUAUUGUUGUCCAGGUGAGGUGUGAGACCACACAUCAUGUCUUUUCAAGUCGCUAUAAAACAUCUCUCCCUGCACCAACACAGGUAGUCCCGCUGAUCCUCCAAAACUAUCAUGAGAUGGCCCAGAGAGGAGGAGCAUCUUCUCUGAACAGUGCCAAUGUCAGCCUUCAAUUCUCUAACAGCUGCUCCCUCGCCGAUUUCAUUGCGUCUCACUUCAGCCCGCCACCAACUGAGUUCAACUAAAGUUUUUUCCAUUUGCAAAUAAAAUUAAAUUUAAUAAACCUACUUGUAUUUUGGAUGACUUUAUUCACUCUAUAUAGAUAAAUGUUGUCAAAACUAAAUUGAAAAAGAUUUAUGUCAAUUAUAU